AAGAAUUUGAUGCACAAAAAAUGCCAAGAUUUAGUCAUUCUACAUUCUCUUUGGAGUUCUGUCACUGAGGAUAUUUUCCACCGCUGUCAUUCUCAGGGGCGUUUCCUUACAGCCACUGAGGGCUCACGGCCCGCAUCUUUGACCCCUUCAACGUGCCAGCCAUCUCCCUGGUGCUGGCCACAAGAGUCGUUUCCGAAGUCCCCGUGUUGACCUGGGCACGAACCUCCGUAGAACUAGGGAACUGCCCGCCUCUCCCCUCCGCCCGGGAGAAGAGGGGUGGAGAGGCGGCCAGGAGGGGACCCGGGAAGGGGGCGGCUCUUCGUCCGGGCUGGGCGUGGGCUGGGCGAGGUCCCGGGCCCUGAGGUGCCAACAAUGGCCUGCAGUGGGAGGAGGCGGGCAGGAAUGCGGCCGGGGCGGGGCGGGGCGGCUCUGCGCCGCGGCCUCUUACCUGUCCAGGUAGCUCGCAUUUCGAGGCGAGCUGCGGAGCCCGCAGCACCUGUCGCGCGGCGCGCGGGCGGGGAGGCCGGCGCGGGGCAUGGCCCGGUAGAGUCCCCGGGGGGCCGGUGCGGCGAUCGGGCCCGGCCAGGGCAGGGCGCGGGGGAGGUCCUCCCGGGGCCCGCGCGGCCGGCGGCAGCAUGAAGAAGAACCAGACAGUGCAGGGCACCUUCAGCAAACUCUUCGGCAAGAAGCACAACGCCCCCGCCACCUCCCUCUACGCCACCAAUCCCCCCUGGAUCUUCACCCAAGAGGCCCCGGAGGAGAGGACCAGGCGCUUGGAUGGGAUCUAUUAUGCAGACAACCGGUUUGACUCGGUGAGCGAAUCAGGAACAGCCACGCUGAAAGCUAGGCCGAGAGUCCGGCCCCUCCUGACCUUCCUUCCACUGAAUUCCCAGAACCAUGGGCUGGCUGUGCCCACCCCUUCUGUCCCAGAAGACUUCGUAGACAAAGGAGUGACAGGUACCAGCUCACUAGUCAAUGGCAACCUCCGACUGUACAGCUCUGUGGGUGACCUAAGGCCUGGGCACUAUGGCCAGGACCCACUCAUCCCCCCACCUCCCCCAGGCCCAGCCCCGGGGCCACCGCCAAACACUUUGCAACCUCGAGGGGAGUCCCCACCACCACCUCCACCUUCCAUGGCUCCCCCACCACCUCCCCUGCUGCUGGAACCCCCACUCCCACCCAGCAUGGCCCCACCUCCGCCCCCGGUAUUGGGGGCCCUAUCACCCCCAUCCACACCCACCCCUCCUGACUUCAUUCCCCCUGCCCCACCCUUGGCCUUUCUAGCCCCACCCCCACCCCCUUUGCCAGCCCCAGCACCCCCAGCUCCAGUGUCUCCUCACAAGAUGGGGACUCGCCUCUUUCCCCCUGGGGGUGUCACCAAGUGGAAAUCAGAGGUAACACUGAGUGGCAGGCAGCCAGAGGCCCCCAGAACCAGCCCCCCCAGGAGCCCUACUGAGCCUGAAGGGAGCCCCCUAGGACCUAAACCAGAGUCCCACCUCACCUUCCCCCGUUCGUUCAAGGUGCCUCCCCCAACCCCAGUCAGGACUUCAUCCAUCCCUGUUCAGGAAGCACAAGGGGCUCCUCCAGAGGAAGAAGGGGCCACCAAGAAGGCCCCCAGUCGCCUCCCACUGCCUCCCAGCUUCCACAUCCGCCCUGCGUCCGAGGUCUACCCAGACAAGGCCUCUGAGCCAGACCCCUCUGGGGAGCUCAGGGCUGCAGCACCAGCCAGCCCGAGGCUGGGCCAGUCCCAGUCCUGGACAAAUGAACAAGCUGAGACUCUGCCCCCAGCCCCUCCCCUUCCCCCUCCCGCACCCCCGCUCCCUCCCCCAGCACCCCCCCUUCCCCCAGCUGCCCCUCCUUUGCCUUCUGCUGAGAAGACAGCCCCUCCACCUGCUGGGUUUAUGAAAAGCCCCAAAUCUAGCUCUCCUGCUCCCAAACCCAAACCCAGCCCCCCGAGCCCAGAGGACACAGCCUCGUCAGUGCCUGUGGACUGGAGGGAUCCCAGCCAGAUGGAGAAGCUGCGCAGCGAGCUGGCGGCCUACCUCUGUGGCUCCAGGAGAGAGGACCGAUUCAUCAGUCACAGGCCAGGCCCGAUGGUGGCCUCUCAGGGAAAGGAGGGCAAGAAGGGCCCCAGCCCGCCAGAAAAGCAGGAUCCCCCAAGCCUGCUAGAGAAGGAGAUCCCCCCAAGUGUCCCUGAGAAGAGUCCCCGGGGCCUGCCAGAGAAGGCCGCCGCUGGCCCGACCCUGCCCCCUGUGGACUACACCCCCCAAGAAGCCCCGACUCCCAGCGUCCGGCAGAUCCGGGAUGAGCUGGAGGCGCGGCUUUCCUCAUCAGCAGAGAAGGACGCCAGGCCCAGCACAGGGCCUCUGCCUCCCAAACCUCGGCUCGAAGGGGCGAGAAUCUUUGAAAACAGGGCUGAUAACGGCAGAUUCUCCAAGCCUGUGGCCAAGAAUCUGUUACCUCUAUCCACCACCCCUCUGCCAACCACACCAUUCCAGUCCAAGUUCAUGCCUGGGCCAGCCGCACCACCCAAGUCCCUGCCUGGACCAACUACACCUGGGCCAGCCACACCACCCAAGUCCACACCUGGAUCAACUACACCUGGGCCAGCCACACCAUCCAAGGCCACGCCUGGAUCAACUACACCUGGGCCAGCCACAUCACCCAAGUCCACACCUGGACCAACUACACCUGGGCCAGCCACACCACCCAAGUCCACACCUGGACCAACUACACCUGGGCCAGCCACACCACCCAAGUCCAUACCUGGACCAACUACACCUGGGCCAGCCACACCACUCAAGGCCACACCUGGACCAGCCACACCAACCAAGUCCACAGCUGGAUCAGCCACACCCGGGCCUGCCAUACCAUCUGCAGCCCCAACUCUGCCCGCCACAUCAUCUCAGCUGAUAGCGGUGAAGAACCUAGUCCCAGCUGGGCAGUGGGAGAAGCAAGGACCUCAAGAACUUGCAGUGCCCUCCCAGCCAGAGGCAGACAGGUGCCCCUCCGAGGCCAGUAAGCCUCCCACAGGGGGAGCCCUGUCACCUCCAGCCCUUCCACCAAAGAUAUCCCCUGGCGGAAAAGAGGUGACAUUUCCCUACAAGCCCCAUCGCAGCAAGAACAGCCCCAGCAGAGAGGCUGCUGUGGUGAUGUCUACACCAGCCAGAGGAGAGGCUCCAGGGUCAGGGGAGCUGGUGGGGAUGAAGGAGCCCCAGGGGCUGCCAGCCAAACCCCCAGCCUCAGCCCAGCCUGCUGACGAACUCCUCAGGCAUCCGGUGACCGGGGAGGUGGUGGAGCGGGGCUCCCCCAUGGCCCUGCUCCUUGCGGCCAGGCAGAGGGCACAGAAGGGGAGGCCUGGAGGGGCUGCCCUGAGUCGGUCCUCCCUGCCGGGGAGUCUCCGUGGCCACAGCAGCCAGCCCGAGGCAAGCUCUGAGGGCGGGCCCAACUCCUUCACUGGGGUCCCCAAGUUACCCAAGGAGCCUGAGAAGGACCUUCAGCUGGCCUCAUCAACACAGCCCACUGUUCCCAGUCAGUGGAAGCCCCAGUCCCACAGAGACCCAGAAGGCACACAGCCAAGCUGUGGGCACAAAUGGACCAAGGCAGAACCCCAGGCCCCUGUGGCCUGGGGAAGACCAGCGCCCUCCAACCUCCCCCAGGGCCGCGUGCUGCCCAAGUCCUUCUCGUCCCCUUCUUCUCCUUCCCACAAGAGGGAGGAGGAGAAGGAGUUCAACUUUGAGGUCAUCCCCCCGCCGCCAGAGUUCAGCAAUGACCCUGAGCCCCCGACCCCGGCCCUCCAGUAUCUGGAGCGCCGGAGAUCCCCUCCCUGGAACAACUUCUCAGACUUGGGGCAGCCUCUGGACGCGGGCCUAGCGGCCUUGGCGCCUCGUGGCUUCCCACGCUUCCCGGCGGAUGCGCGCUCCGCGGGGCCCGGGGGCCUGGAGCGCUCCGCGGGCGGGGGCCGUUCGCUCAUCAAGAAGCGCCUGUACGUCGGGGAGCCCCACCGCAGCCCCGGGCCGCCUCGCGGCGCCACCGGCCGCAGCCUCAGCUCCCCAAACUGCUUCGGGCCGCCGCCCGGGGGGCCCUUCGCCGCGCCCGGAGGCCCGGAGGUGCGGCGCGUGGGCUCGGCGGGCCGCGCGCCCCCCGGCGGCCUGCACGCGCGGAAGCCGUCCCUGGAGGGCGCCGCCCGCGGAGAGGCCAAGUUCAAGGCGCCCGGCGGCGACUGCGGCUGCGCCUCCGCUCCCGGCAGGUCUCCCCACAGCACCCCCCUCUAUGGAAGCCCCAUCAACACGUUCACCGUGAGGCCUGGGACCCGCCAUCCCAUCUCCUGUGCUUACUCAGGGGCCCAUCGGAAAGCCCCAUCCUGAGCCCGGAAUUUUCUCAGUUCUACUCCAAGGGAUCCUUCAAGGAAUAGAAGCACAGCUGAAGUCUCGUGAUAACAAACAAGCAAGUCUCUUUGACUCUCUGAACCUCAGUUUCUUCUUCUGUACAGUGGGAGAAUAAUACCUACCUCAUAAGGCUGUUGUGAAGAUUAGAGACAGUCCUGCCUUCACUUAACAAGUAUUUGAGUGACUACUAGAUGGCAGGCACUACGCUUAGCACGGAUGUACAGUCAUCAACACACUGACACUCCUCCUGCCUGAGGCAAGAUUAUAGUGUAGUGGAAGAGAGAGAGGAUAAAAGGAACACACAGAAACAUCAUAAAUUAUAAGAAAUGGUGGGACGGAAAGGAACAGGGAGUGUGGGCAAGAAUAACUGGAGGCGGGGGGAGAGGAGUGGAUUUCCUUUAACCAGGUAGGAAAGUCUUUUCCAAUGGCAACAUUUAUGCUGAUUUAGGCAAAGCAUCCAGCCCACACCUGGCACUGAGUAGUUGCUCAAUAAGUGGCAUCUUUGGGUGAUGGCUCCAUUUGUGUGUGGCCCUUCACAGUUUCCCAUAAAGCUUUGACGCAGUAUCGUCAACUUUUCCAGAAGAGGAAACAGAGCCAGGGAAGUCAUCUCAGGACAAGGUCAGAGGGAGCUGGGUUGCCUCCUCUCCCGGAGUCUUUUCUGGGGGUUGUUGGGAAAGGGAAAUAGGGAGGGUGACUCACUGAUUCAGCAACUUGUGCUUCCAGGAAGGGCCUCCCCACCUCUCCCGUCCGUGGGCUUCCCCGUUAUCCCGUCUCUGCCACCCCCACGCUCCACCACGAUGCCCUCAUCCUGCUAACAGAGUGAGGACGGGGCCUCGACUCCCAGGAGGACUGGGGGCUUCUCACCUGGCUGCUCUCUCCUCCCUGCUCCCUCCUACCUCUUCUCUCCCCCCCCCCCCCACAUGGGCAGGGCAGUGGGAAGUGGUGGAGGGUUGGGCCCCACGUCUGUCUCUGCCUCUGCCAAGCUGUGUGACCUGGGGCCUCAGCUGACUCGUCUGAAAAGUGACGGGGAUGGACUUGUGCCGUGUGGGGGUCUUAAACUGUGUUGAGUCUUUAAGAAGCUGAUGAGAGCUCUGGACCUUCACCCCAGAAAGACGCCCCCACGAGCACCGUUACACAUGAUUUCAGGCGCUCCACAGAUCCCCCCAAAAUCGGGCUCCAGGGACUUCUCCUUGAAAUCUCCUGAAGCAACGGUGGUCGUGGCAACCACAACCCUUACUUAACCUUGACGGUUUGGAAAGUUCAUUCGUUCUCUUGUUAACUCAUGACCACCCUCUAAAACGUGUUGGUCGUGGAAUACUCCUAAUUCCAUCUCACUGAUGAGAAAAUUGAGGCACCAAGAAGAAAAGGGAGUUGCUUAGAGGAGCCCACCGGACUUCCAACUCAGCGUCCCUCAUCAGGGCUGCCUCCCUCCUGGCCGUGUGCACCUCACUCAUUCGUCCCUCCCCGAAUCCUACCAUCCCCUCAACUUUCUAUCUUUCUAUCAGAGGAGGGGUGGGGAGGGCCGCGGAGGGUAAAGCUACUCUGGUGCCAGAAAAGGUUAAUAGGCAUGGGUGGCUCAGGUGUUCUGGAUCAGGUUGGCCACACCUUGGUUUCUGGAGCCUCCUCGCUGCUUGCUGGGCGUGCCAAGCCCCAGUGGCCAGAACCCCACCUCUCCUGUGAGGCCCAGCCCGGCCCAGAGCAGCAGUGGGGGCAGGUCCCAGGGCAGGCUGUGCUGGAAGUCUGGGGCCUGCCGAGGGCAACGCGGGAAGGGCCCUGUCAACCCGAAUGGAGCACAGCUUUCCCCAGGGCCCCACUGACGCAACCGGAGAGGCCUUGCGGGCCCUUCUGCAGGAAGCUGAGGAUAGAGGUGACUUUGACCCGAGCAGGGAGGCGUGAAGGAGAGGCUCCCUCCAUGCUGAGCUGUCAGGCAGGCCUGCCCCUGCCUGCUCGCCCCACCUGCCUACCCCCAGCGGCCUAGGGCGCUUUCAUCCUGGCAGCUCGAAGGCAGCGCUGGCGUCCCGUUGUGAGUCAGCUGUCCAGGCUGGGUGGCCACUGAUACCAGGCAGAGAAUGAGCCUCCUCCCUCCAAAGCCCCAGGGACGGCCAGCUGCUGCGGACCUGCUGGUGGGGCCUCUGGGGAUAUUUUUGGCAGGGAAGGUGAGAGGCAGGGAGACCAAGGCAAGGCAUUCCAACUACUCCCUCAUUUACAGUGAUGAUCCUGAGCUGGCCGCCCAGUUCUCAGAGCCCCAGAAGCUUCCUGAACAUCUGGCACAGUUGAGCCACUCCCUGCUCCCCUCCUGGAGAGCUGUCCUCUGAGUUCCUACAGAAAACGCUCUGCUUGGCUCCCGUCUUCCAGACUGGCGCCCUUCCUCCCCACAGGUGUCUUGGCACCCUGUCCUCAGUCCCCAGUCUUCCUUCUCCAUGGUUUUUUCUUCAGAAGACUGAGUUGACCCCCUCUUCUCAUCCACACCUGAGCUCCACAUUUCUGACUUGAAAGUGCCCCCUGGACAUUUGCGUGUGGAUGCCUGGCCAGCCACACAGAUUCAGACUCUCCAAAAAAGAUUAUUCUUCCCUUAAUUCCUCACACAAUUGUGAGACCAGAGCAGCCAGGUCCACGGCCCCAGAAUCCCUGGAAAUAUUCAUUCCUGCCCGCUUUGCUUCCUCGAAGCUGACUCACUCGUCAAGGCCCAGCUUCAGUCAGAGCUCCCGUGGAAAGCCCUUCCCAGCCCAGCACAGCUCAGAGACCCCUCCCUCCUCCACCCCUCCACCCACCUCCUUGGCUGGCUCUUCCUCAUCCUUCAGGCUCAGCUCAGACAUCCUCACCCUCUAGGCCACAUCAGCUCCUGUUACAGGCUCCCAUGGGCCCCUAGUCCCCUCACAUCAGGGUUAUUUGUUCCUCAUCCCCCCCCUCACCCCGCUCCCCAGCACUUGUCAGCUUUGUACUACAAGUUCUGCCCGUCUUAUUCAUCACAGUAUCCCCAGCAUCUAGUGCUACUCCUGGCACUAACAGGUACUGAAUAUAUGUUUGUUGAAUGAUUACAUGUUAGUAUUUAAUCAAAUUCUGUCGAGCGCUAUUUCAGUUCCUUGAGGGCAAAGGCCAUGUCUCCGGUGGAUCGGUGACCACAUAGCCCUCUUGUUUCUAGCUGCGUGUAACCUGAUUGCUGAGCUCUCAGGUGGCACAAAAUUAAUGGUUUGAGGGAUGGGCUUCUAAGAUUUCCUCAUAAAACUGUCAAGAUGC